CAGUGAUGAUUUUCACAGAACGAAUUAGUGUUUGAAAUCAGAUUUUAAAUUAAUAAAUAUUAUAUACUUUGAUGUUUUGACUGAUUUAAUGUCUUAAUAAUAAAAUGGUUGUAAUGUCUUAUGAAGAAAUAUACCUGCUAAACGAUUGGCGUUAACACUGCAGUGGUUUAAUAUAUUAUUAUGUACGAUGUACAUACGAAUAGAACAGCAUCUUAGACAGUCAUGGCUAUAAUAAUUUCUUAUGUUAUGUUAAAUAAUAAAAUAUUUGAUCCAUAGUUACAUCACCGAGCAACCUUAAAAACGAUUUCAAUAUAUUAUAUUAUAUCAGUGACACAUUUUUAAUUCAAUAUACCAUAAAAGUCUACAUAGUUUUAAAACCAUAUUACAAAUAUUUUAAAAAUAAAAUUUCAAAUUUUGAUUUUAUCGCUCAACGUUUGUUGAAAAAUAUGCCGUUCAAACCGACGGACAAGGACUGGAUGGCUUUUAUCGAAUCUCAUAUUAGUGGCGAGGAGAACACGGAUCAAGCCUUGUCCGUUGACUCGGGCUCAGAUCGCAUGAUGAUAGAUGACAAUCCUCUGCUGGUCGCCGUCAGCCAAAAUGCACCAUCGCGCUCGAUUCCGAAGCCACGGCAUGUCACCCAACUGGGAUUGAGUUUUAGUUGUUGUCCGUAUGUGGUGCACCGAAACUAUGAUGAUCCGGAGGCUUAUUUUGGUAAACCACUCAGUUCGAUGGCUGCCACCAACCAAGUAGUUCGCCGCCCACUUCCGUGGUUAAAAAAGGGCGCCAACACUUCCAGCAGGACUACUCGAGUGGCACCCCCUCGCCCUGCUCCGCCCAAACCAAAAACCGGAGUACCAAAAGCAGCUCUUAAAUACACAGCUACAGACAGGAUAAAGCGAUUGGCAGAGCACCGACCUGUGCCAAAAAAGGAGAGCUUGGACGAACGCCUCUCCUUCUCGGCGAAACCAAAGUCACUUACUUACACGACGCCCCUCCGUAUUCCACAACUCGCUACACACCAAAUCCGCAGUGAAGCGAAGAAGUGAAAAUGAAGUCACCUCAAGCUAAUUAUUUUUUCUACUUCAAUUUAGGAGUUUACUUCUGGAUUGCAGCCUAUUGAGUUUCAAACGUUUGAAAUACGCUGGCCAAUAAACGGUCAAAUUUGUCUCUCUCGGCAUGAAAAUGACUUGUUAAAAUAAUAAGUAAAGAUUU